AUGACUUCAAUCUCCAUCUUGCUUUCUCCUCUCUCUCCUUUGGUUUUCUCGCUUUUCUUAUUCUUCACCAACCUUUGUUCGGCGCCACCCGUGGCUUCAGGCAUAUAUCUGUCUAUCUAUAGUUUAAAUAAUAAUAUCUAUCUAUCUAUCUAUCUAUCAUCUUUCUCCGAAUACAUUUCAUUAUCUAUCUACCCAUCAUAUCUAUCAUUAUGGUUAACUAUCUAUCUAUCUAUCUAUCUAUCUAUCUAUCAUUAUGGUUAUCUAUCUAUCUAUUAUCUAUCUAUCUAUCUAAGACAUUUCAUUAUCUAUCUAUCUAUCAUUAUGACUAAGCGUUCAAUGACAGUUCUUCGCCCAGGAGGUGAAACCCUUCCGCUUACUUAUCUAUUCAUCUAUGUCAGUCUCUUCCUCAUCGGUAUUCGCUUGACAGACCUUCGCUUGGCAUAUACCCAUAAAUGUACGGCAUCCCGGAAAGAUCGAACAAGCUUCGAUUCUGUCUAUCUAUCUAUCUAUCUAUCUAUCUAUCUAUCUAUCUAUCUAUCUGUCGGUCGAUCGAUCGAUCUAUCAAUAUGGAAUUGUUCUCACUGUCUGCCUGACUGUACUAUUUCAUUCAUAUCUGUCACAUUCUGUCCAUAUCUAUCUAUCUAUCUAUCUAUACUAAUAUUUGUUAAUAUCUAUCUAUCUAUCUAUCUAUCUAUCUAUCUAUCUAUCUGUGUUAAUGGCUAUUUAUCUGUCUAA